AUGUCCUUCCGAAACUGCCCUCUAGAUGCUCCGGACAGAGAUCAACGCCACGCGGAUGACGCACGAAGAUCGUUCGACGCGACAGGUGACGGGGAUUCGGAUUCCGAGAACCCUCCGCCGCCCGGCUUCUACGUGAGUUCUACGGCGACCGAGAGCUACGGCACCGAAACGACCACGUCGGACCAGGAGUCCGUAUCAUUCGCUACCGUCGGUCCCCGCGGCGCGGCGGCUGGCGGCGACAAGGCUUCCGCCACGGACGCUUCUGCCGCCUCAUUGCGCUGCCAGUGGAACGACUGCCAGAAGCCACUCCCAAAGACGGGCGUGGGCAAGAUAAGAGUGCACACGUGCCCUACCUGCUACGGCUAUUUCUGCAGCCGCGCUUGCCGCAACCGGCACCGCGACGCGAAGCGCUGCGCGCUCACUCGAAUCUCUAAUUUGUGCCAGGAGGUGCUCCAGAAGAUACGGCUGGACCAGGUAUCGCGACAGCACCUGUCGGUGUGCGCCCAGCGCGGCCUGCUCUCCCGCGGCCGCGGCGUCAUCCGACUAGUCUUUCAGGGAGCGCAGAGGGCCGCCCAGUUCCUCGAGCGUGGCUGGAGCGACGCCGGCGUGCGUGGACAGAUGUUCUACGUCGCUCGCGAUGACCUCCAACCGCACGACAUGGGAGCCCGCGUGUACGCGCGCGUGCGCGCCCUGUGUGACGAGUACGAUCCCCAGCGCAAGUUUGUCCUCUUGGUCGCCGUGUGUGUGACGUACGAAGCGGUCACGCCCUCCGGAGCAGGAGCUAUCUCGCGCGAGAUGGUCGUCAAGGCGGUCAAACUGAGGCUCAGCGGGCCACUUCCCGAAGACGAUGUGCAGACGCUCAUCCUCCCAGUAGCGUCGCCGGUGAUGGCGGGAUCAAACGGCCUGCUGCCGCCCCAAAAGCAGCGCCUGCAAGGGCUGCACCACGUCGCCAGACAGCUGGAAAUCAGAGGCGUCGACCUGAGUGCCUGCUAUCCAGAGCUGUACGCCAAGAUACGCGCAUUUGUGGACACAGGAGAGAUGUUCUCGCCUGUGUGCAUGUUCCCCACGGACGCCCGCUCGGGUCAGGUGUUCAUGUGCGUUGUGCUGCCAUUGGCAGAUCAGGAGCUGCUUGACAGGAUGGCGGGUACACGGAGUGCUGCAGCUGUCAAAGCUAAAAAGCGCUGGAUGUUCUAACGGGCCAAUGAACAUCUCUCAAUAUGCGGUGAAGUGUUACGACUGAUGCGAGCGGUCAUAGUAUAUCUGUUACUCCUCUGGGGAGACACCAUGAAAUGCGUAAUGAGGUGACAGCGUGAGGAAUAUUAUGCGUAAGCUUGAACAAUUAGACUUGCUAUCGCAGUCUGUUUUGCGCAAGGUAAAGCACGAAUAGGUUUUUUUUUUGCUUGUCUUUGCACAAGGACAUAUCACCAUUGGUCCCUGAAAUGGUUUUUGGAAAUUAUUUAAGCGGUUAUAGGCUACAACCAGAGCCAAUUUUUCCCAUUACAAUUUAAGCGAGACACCUUGUAUCAAUGGGGCUAGGGUUACCCUACAUUUGGUUCUUGAUGAAAAGGAGAGGUUGAGCUCUUUUCUGCGCCCUUGCGGGAGCAUAACUCGGCGCCAAUAGGCCUCCCUCCUCCUUGCCGUGCUUUCCUCAACUUCAUCGCCGAGCAGUCGGGACUAAGUAGCGUCUUCAGUGAUCCACCGCUGGAGCGCCGUAGAUUGCGGAGAUCGUGCUCCGUGUUUGGUUGAUCUCCACGCCAUCAGGUGCCGCGACAUAUAGUAUCAAUAGUAUCCAGCCACUUGCAUUUACUCCUCCUGUACAAACGCUUCGCACGAGCUACACACUUUGCGCAUAACGCUUAAAUCGGUCUGUCAGUAACCCGAAGGAACCAUGAAACACGUUUAAUUGGUUUGUAGAAAAGUCGUCACAAUCGUUUCAGGGUUUCUUUAAUUAAAGGGCCCCUCACAAGGUUUGGAAAUCACGCGUGCACGGACAAGCGCGCUACGGAAAGCGGUGGCGAUAGUAUCUGCAAAGUAGGGUGAUUUGAUUGCGGGUUGGGAGUGCGCAUAGGUGCUUAAUUCUGCAACAUACUUACAGAGCACGGCGCAGCGCCUGAAAAGUAUGAGACUAGCUUGGCACGAAAACGGUCGAAAUCAGACGGCCAUUCGCCCUUCCUUUUGAUGCAUUGCGAGCGAGAGAAAGGUCGCACACACAAAUGGUCCGUGCAAACGCACUGCUUGCAACGUCACCGACCACGUGACGUGACUUCGGUUAAUUACAUAUAUCCAAAGCGGAAUGCCACUGGAAAUUCGCGGUGCAGCAAAGAAAAGACGGAAACAGAAAGGAGACUAGGCCCGUCAUGAGGAGAAUGCGCGGUCUUUCGGCUCCGGUACACGCCAAAUGCAGGGAAGGUGCGCUUGCGGUUGCCAGGUGAGGCAUUGCCGCCGAGUACCCACCGUUUUUUCUCAUUGGGAGAGAGGCACCCCAGCCUGGGCGCUCGGUGUCGUGGGUACAAACAAGAAGAUAUCGAACUCGGAUAAAUCAAAUUAUCCUGUAUAUCGAGUUAUUUUUGAACACAACAAUGUUUUGAUGUCAAUUCAUGAGAAAACCUACGGCUACAUCGCGAGCAAACACAGACAGAACACGAAACACGCCAAGAAGUUGGCUUUCCCUAACAGGAGGUUGGCUUUUUCUAGCGGAAGGAGGCUUUCAUGCACACAUUUGGGAGCGCGAGAAGUGCCAAGGAAGACCAGAGGCUUUAAGCGCUCGAUGAGUAUGCAGAGCUGCGUAUGAAGAUAUUGAGGCGUUGCUUACAUUGAUACUGUAUUUUCUCGCGUAUCACUCACCUCUGCAUAUAACCCGCACCCCCAACUGCAAACCGCAGGAAAAUUAGAAAAAAAAAAAAACUGUCUGCGUAUUGCUGUGAAACCUCCUUCCCUGCAAUGCCGUGAAGUGGUGCCGUGAAGCCAUGUUGCAUACCGAAGUUAGCACUCAAUAUACGGCAAAUUCUUUAAAAGCUUUACAUAAAAUUAUACAAUAUAUCGAACUAAUCCCCCCCCCUUUUUUUUUGAAUUCGAUAAAUGUGGGUUUGACUGUACCAAUUUCUCAAGAAGGUGACGUAUCCACUCUCCUCUUUCGCUCCCCUUUUCCCAACGGCACUGUGCCGUGCUCCCUGAUAGGUUGCAGAAAUAAGUGUCCUUCCUCUCUUCAAACCACUACUACUAAGCUAAGCUCUACGAAAGUUGACGUUGAGGUGGGGAAGCGGAACACGCUAACUUCUGCAGCCCUAAUGGGAGCACAUCUCAGCGUCUGUGGAGAGGGAAGUUGAAAGAACGUGGGAAGGGUUAGAUGGGGAUGGGGUGUCAUAUUUGUUACUUGAUGUAACGAAAAGGCCCACAAGGAAGCAUGGCAUAGCGUCUGGGUGGGGUGUCCCACAUGACGGGCUGUAGAAAAGAGCACCUCUUGGCGGGUAAUGACAGGGCAGUUAAAUUGCUUCUAACUGCAGGUGAGGGGCCAUUUAAAGGUAAAAAUGUUCUUCAGUGUGCAAAACUAUAAAAUACUACAAUGCAAAACUGACGUUACAUCACUUGGGGAUACAGAGAAGGGUGGCUCGCAUUAGGACGACAUGGCCCAAGGCCACUGAAAGUAUAAGGAUAGGCUUCAGUGUGUGCAACAGCCAAUGAAAUGCCUGAUAUAUGCGAAGAGUUGCGUAAGCACAUGGAGAAAUCUCUGUACUUCAAUGCCACAAAACAUAGCAGUCACAGAUGUAUGUACGUAAAAUUGAAGACUGCACAGAAAUUCUCACUACUGCUCCUUUAAAGCUGAGAAGUGUAUUUAAAUAUGACUAUUUACUAUAAGUAAAGACAAGCGAGAAAGUGAGGAACCUAACACAAGCACUGGAUCUGUGUGCAUGUGCUCCUUUCCACUUUUCUCUAAACGUUCUCACUGCCCCGUUAAUCACUUCAUGAUAAUGCAUUGACCUAUCCAGCUUACUUUUCUCGUAUGCUGAAAAAAUAAUUUAUUUGACAAAUGCUUCUUUGGCAUGCAUUAUGGUCAGCAUACACACAGUGUGUCCCUAGCAUUGAAAAAAGUAAACACGAUCAAAACGUGCCCUCUUCUCUCAGCAUAUAGCACGCAACUUGACCCAACCUGUUACACCACAGUCUACCUUUAAUGAUGUAAAGGCACAGUUAUCUUUCAGCUGAUUUUCUGCACCUCGUAAAUACAGUAUAUUGGGGGGGGGGGACAAAAAAGUAAAGACAAUAAAGAAAUGUUAAUUUGCAUAUUUCUUCAAAUAUUUCAAAACAUUAACUUUAAACUACACUCUCUUGAAUGUGCUAUCCAUUGUUCAAGAUCGUUCAGCUGCUCUUGCAUUCUAAUGGCCCUCUGUACAUCCAUUACUUUCUUCAUGUCCUCUACAUCUUGUAAAUGCUUUCCUUCAAGCUCUUAUUUCAGUACUGGAGAAAAGAACUUGCAAGGGGCAAGAGACAGCAAGCAGAGAGGUUAAGGUAAGGCCUCAGCAUCACAGUUUUGUCAGGAAGUGCACCAUGAAGCGGUGUACAAACCACCUGUCUGACUACCACAAAUGGGAGCAUUUUCUACAAACUUCAUCGUAAAGCUGUCUGGCUGCCCCAAAUUAAACAUUCUCGUUGAUUGCCUGACCAUUUCGUACAAAUAUAAGGUUAAUAAGUUAUAUGAAAUAAAAACAUUUACCAAGAGAGAACAGAAUGUGAUACGCAUACAUUGCCUUUUGAUAUCCACUGUCCAAAAACUUACAAACAUGGCGACUGAGUUUCAAACGAAAGCAGUGGUGUGCCCCUGCGAAAAGACAAAACUUUUCACACGGGUACUGCUUGACCAACUAUAUGUCGACAAUACUGUGUAUGUGCACGUAGUGGCAUGGGUCAGUAUUAUCUACUCUUCUACUUCAGUAAAUAUGCUACUUACUUUUUGGUCCCCCCUCAUACUAUGUUAAAAUUAACACCAUUGCUUAGACUGACAACAGUAAUCAAUGGCAAUGUGAAACGUUGACUGCACCUGUGUUCCAAACACCAGAAAUAACCAUUUGAAAAUCACAGGUAAAGUAUAAGAUUGCUCUGCACUGGUAUAUAAUUCUCAUAUUGGCUAGAACAUUCUAGUGUGGCAGAACGCAGCAUCUUUGUGAUGUGCACUAUCUCUCAAAAGUUAUGUCACACUGGAAGCUGGUUGGUCAGGCCUCUUAAGGAUUGAAUUCCGCUGUUGUAAAUAACCAUUGCUCUCACUCAAAACCUGCACAUGUCUUGUGAUAUCUACACAGUCAGGAUAUGUUUCACUUGAAUGCAUAUGCUGCUUUGCUUCUGGCUAUGAGCUCUUUUGCUAAACAUUCACAAAGAGCAUCCUGGGGUGCCACAUGCUGCACAUAUGCCCUGUUAUUGUGUUUGCUUCAGUACAUCAUGAUCCCAGGAAAUUAUCAAUAAAAAGGUAUAAAUCAUAGAUCAGCUGUGUAAAUACAGGAUUUGUCUAGAAAGUAGUAGGACUGAUUUUUUCCCGCCAAAACUUGGUAAAGGAGGGGGAUGUUCCUGUGCUGGUUGGGUGGUGGAGGGACUUAGCUACGAGCGCACCAGUCGCCAGUCGUCUCCAAGCCUUCACGGAGUGUAGACCGAGUUUAAGGUGAACCCCUAUCAAGGUGCCUUGUCAUCCCCACAAUGAAUUUUGUUAGAGCAGCAUUACGCGACAAAGUUUUACUUCAAACUGGAUAAAAUGGCGUGUGAAACCCAUGACAUGAUCAAGAUGGCUUAUGGGAGUGAUGCCAUAGGUCGAUCAAGUGUUUUUGAGUGGCACAAAUUGUUUCGGGAAGGAAGAGAGCAAGUUGAAGACGAGCAAUGGUCAGGACGUCCUUCCACAGCAAAAAAUCACGACAAUGCGCCGAUCCACAUUCCUCUCAUGGACUUCCUGAUGAAGCAUGGCAUCACAAAGCUUACCCAGCCACCCUACAGCUCUGAUGUCACUUUUUCAGACUUCUUCCUCUUCCCCCGUCGGCAAAGGGUUAUGAAAGGACGGCACCACGGCUCAGUCCACGCCAUUCAAGAGGCCAUAACGAGCGUGCUCAAGAGCAUUCCGGUUUCUGCAUUGCAGGGAGCCCUCAGUGAUUCGCAGAGUUGCUGGAAACACUGUAUUGAUGCAGAAGAGGCAUAUCUUGAAAACUAUUGAUAUGUCAGAGUUGUGAAUAAAUGUUUUUUUUAAUUCAGUCCUACUACUUUCUGGACACGCCAUGUACAUUGAAUCACUAGUGACCAUUUUGUGACCUGCUUUGAAAUCAGAAUAUGUAUUUACAUAAAAUACAGCAACAUCUUUGCCUCCAGAAAGUUUGGCUAUAAGAUUGUGAAGAGAAAAAAAUUAACACCUGUGCCUUCGUGCUGAUUUUUGCACUAGUACAGGUAUGUGAAAGAGGAAGACUCGCAUUUCUUCUGUAAGUCUGCAAGAGGCAGAAAGUAACACAUUAAAGUUAUAGAGUUUCAUCAACAUUUGACUUUCUGGUGGCCAAAGAUUGCACGUGUGCCAAAAGAGGAAAGUUUCGUCACAGUAAACAGAUGCGGUAUCAAAUGCCAAAACCUAAAAGUGGUCACGAGUGUCCCACUAAGCAGAAACAGCUUGUGUUUUGCGUUUGGAUGCAGGUAAAUCUGCAUAAGAAACAUCUUGUAUACUGUGUUUUGUCAUUGCUCCCGUGACAUAUAAAGCUUUGUCAUGCUUGUUCCGUGCACAUAUGUAUGUUUGAGAAUGGUAUGUGGUACUCAAAGAGAAAAAGCACUACACAGACUUGGUGAAAAGAUGACGCUGGAUUUUCUUACCAGAUUUAUGUCCCACCAGACUGGAGAAACUCACCAGUGCACAAAAUGCCAGCAUGAAGAAACAGUGGCUGCAAUGAUAGAGGCACAGUAAUUGCACAUUAAGUGGCUACAUCCACCUGUAUAUGGUGUGGCCAUUGAGUUGUAGACAAAAACCAUCCGUGUGGUGCUGAUAGAGAAGCCUAGUGGUUGUGACGGAAGGAGUCAUGGUUCACCUUGAAUGCUGUUCAUAGAGAACUUCACAGGCAGGGGAAGCUCGUUCCGUAUACCUUGUGGUUUGAAAACUUGGUGCCAAAUACGGUAGCAUUCUCAACAAAGAUAUGUGAUGUUUGUCAUUUCCAAUAUUGUGGUUUUUUCCUUGUGAAAAAAAAAAUAUAUAUAUGUCAAUCAUAAUCGCAGCCAAAGUGUGAUGGUGUUGUAGUUCCUCGUAUGGGAAUAUGUGUUGGCACACAGUGUUUGCUAGUUAAGCACAACACUUUUUUUGACUGUUCCUUUUUGAGUCUGGGAUCAAAGUUGCCAGUUGUAUAAGAGCACAUUUUUGCCUUGUGGUUGAAGUGACAGUCAAUGUUUGCAGUGUGUAAUAUGAGUAGUAUUAUUUUUUGAGGCACUCAUUAAUUGUUCACUAGUGCACCAAUCAACCUAUAUAUGCUUUUGCCAUCUCUUCUGAUACAACACUCAAGCUGUUUGAACACUUGUUUUGAACAAGACGCCUCCUAGUUCAUUCGGCUAAUGAAACGCAUCAACAAAAUAGGUACGUUAAGUUGUCAAGAGUGUUCCAAGUCUGUCGGGUAGAAAUCAGUCUGCCUUUGGCAAUGUUGUACUUAUUACAGCAAUUACUUGUUGCAGGCAUCAACUUUAUUAGUUGUAUCAAAGCCACUUUUUGAUGUGUGCCUUGUAUAAGAGGUACGAUGUCUAUGUGUAGUAUUGUGUUUUUGAUCACCCUGUUGUUUCAAUGGCAUUUGCACAUUUUACAACACACAUUUGUAUCCUGUGUGCAUUCCAGCUAAUUUUCCCUGCUUUAAUGUUUAGCAUGAGAUAAAGUUGUCACAAAGGGCUGAGAAACUGUGUGCACUUUUGUUGGAUUCAGCUAGGUAUUCACUAAAUAGGCAUAUUGGCUUUACAUAGUUACCACGUUCAGCCUUUGCAAAAUGGUAAUUUUUUUUGUCAGGUCCAUUAGUGUGAGGAGGGAUGAUUCUGGGCCUGUAUAUGUGUGACUGAAGAAUGGAUAAAUCUGCAGGAUGACAAUUGAUGACACAAGAGUAAGACAAAUACAAAACAACACAAUAUGGGCUAAUGAUCUGAGAUGUCUAGAUAUACGUAGAGUGUACAUAUAUUGAGUUUGUGUUUCUCUUGUGUCUGUGUCAUUUUGGAAAGUUUUUCCAUUCUUCAUUUUGCUGUAGUUCUUUGAGAACUUUCCAUUCUACGAGAUUGAGAGGGUCUGUAUGAACUCUUGUAACACUGCCAGUUGAUGCCCUUCAGAUUGACAUCAAGUACAGCGAGUGCUACGGGAGUCCUCCCAUAAGAGCUGAAAACAACUCUGGUUUUCUUUGCAUCAGCUUAUGAGCUCUUUGGCAAAGACGGUUCAUGUUGAAUGAAGGUGAAGUAUUUUUGCACAGUCACUCUUAGCGAAGUGAAAGCCACUGUGCUUCCACUUUGCACAGGAAGGUUAGGCACUGAUGUACUCACAAAGAUUAGACAGCUUUAGCUAAGCACUAUUUACGGCCUACUCUCAGGCAGUGCAAAGAAGUGCACUGAUUUUGCAUUUUUAACAGGUGUGUCUUAUUACGCACAGUCAGCUUGGCUCCAAUCAACAAAGUCAAAUGAGCAUGCUGUUAUGCCCCACUCAAUUGAUUCUGCCGUGGAACCAACAGUGUUCAGACUCCUGCUGCCAGCACGAAUGUCGUGCGUGCACAUUCCUGCUGGGAAGCUGUAUGCAUUUAAGGACACACUGGUCUGAGUGAACUGUAAAUGCUAUGCUAAAACUCUCCAUUGUGGGAUACAUCGAACUGGGCUAUUUUCUUGCUGCCUGUUUUUAAGGCCAAUGCUGGAAAGAAUGUGGCGAAGCUACACCAAAGAGUGGAAGGCUGUUCUGCUGGAAACCAGGUGUAUCUACUUGCAAGUUGUUGAAGAGCUGAAGUUAUUUUUAAAGAGUACCCAAUGGCAUUUAGAUUAGCCCCAGAACACACUUGACUCUCCCAUCUUCAAACUUCAAACAAACCCAGUCACAGUCACAGACCCCUGUCUCAGGUCAUAGACUGCAGUUAGCGCAGCAUAUUAGUGCCAUAAUGUACACUGCAAUUACAAACUAAAAAUUGGCAAUGUCAUUAUGAAAAGUACAACUGUUUCUCACUGCAUUGGUUUUCUUUUAAAUAUAAGAAGUACUUUUUAAAAAGUGGAACUGAAAUAGAAAAAUGACCACAAAUGAACAAUUAGCCACAUUUCUAUUUUGCCUCAUUGCCUUCUGUUGUUCGACCACUACAGUCCCACUGAGUCACAUUCUGCAUUUUGUGUUAGUGUGAGUGGUGCAUGAUGGCCGUUGGACGGCACACACGAGUCAGGAAUGUCAAACUUUUUCUUCCUCUUUCCAGUGUUGCUUGACCAUGACCUCCUCAAAAUGUUUCGAGUGCUUUAGUGUGUUCACAAACCGAGCUUCAAGCUUUCUUCGAAACCACUUUUGAGCAAAGAAAACCUUACAACCCGUGCUUACCAUCAUUUUAUACCUUACAAGCACCAACCUGUGUAUUAGCUAUAACCCUGCACCAAAACUUGUGACGAGCAAGGUGUGCCACACUUUUAAGCAAUUACGUACUUGCGCUUCUUUUGCCUAGUCAUUUGAGGAUUCAAUAGCAAUGGAGAGAAAGUUAGCUCUCAAUAUAAUGUUACCAGCCUUGUGCAAUGACAAAUACAUUACACACCUAGCAAUUUCAGAACAAAGUAGCCAGAAUAGAAAGCAAAGACUAUGAAUCCAUUUUGGAAACUUCUGUUUUGAUUAGCUGAAUCUAUUUUAGCAGCUUGUGACAAACCAGCCAAUUGGCUGCUCAGUUUUCUUGCAGUCCUUUGAUUAUUUAUCUAUGAGUGGAUUC